AUCCCCUGUCAUGUACUGUCCUAAACAAAGAGUGGGAUGUAACAGAGGGGGUGUACUGGAGCUACUGGAACUCUCUUGUUUGUGAAGAGAUGAACCUGUGACAGUAGGGGGCUGAUUCAGGGAUUAUUAGAGCCUGUAGGGGGGGAUUGUACUGUACAACAGAGGGAAACACCGCACCACAAAGGUAAACAAGGCCCUUAAUCAAUCAGCACGUUUGAAAGCAGCGGAACAGUCGAGAAAAAGCAGGAUGUUAGAGAGGUUAUAAGUAGAGGAUCUAACUGUGCCAGAACUCAGCUUUUUCACAGGCCCAGUCAGACCUCACCUCCUGCUUCUCCUCGGUGACUGCUCUUGUUUUCUGCCCCAGUCUGAUCGUUUGAUUUUCUUCUCUGGAGCCAUGCAUCCCCAGCGUCCUCUUCCCCAGGCCAUGCCCUCUUCCUCUCUGGGACAGCACCUGCGGGACAUGGCCAUGGGUCUGGGACGAGGAAAGAACUUCCUGGGGGGAAACUUUGCCUAUGGUUUCAUCCAGUCGGUUAAGGAGUGCCUCUAUUUCCUCCUGUGCUGCUGGUGCAUUAAGGAGAUCCUGGAUUGACUGACUUAGAGAGACUAGAUCAAGUGGUCAAGCAUCGAUUUCUUUCCCUUUUUUCCUCCAUUUACUUCUUGAGUUUUAUUUUAGCCAGCUUUGAUUUCAUCAGGAACUGAGUGUUUGAUCAGCACUGCUGCCAAAGCUCUAGGAGGUAUGUCUUUUAUCAUAUGACAGCAAAUUACCAGUUGAGCACAGAAAGUUUAAUACCAUUUAUAGAAUGAAAUUCAUGGAGUUAACUGGGUUAUUGAUGUCAGAAUAGGCUUGUUAAUUAUUUUCAUGUUUUAGUGUUUUGAAAUAUGCUUUUUGUUUCUGUUUUUCAGUGUUUAAAGGAUUCUCCUCUUGGGUUCCUGUCAAAAAACAUAAACACACGGACACAUAUUCAGAUGUGACUUAUUCUGAUUGUAAGAAUGGAUCUGUGUUUCCUGUAUUCAUCCUCGGAUUACAAGGAAUGGAACCCCUGAUGAACAUUGUACAAAAACUGGUCUGCAAUAAAUAAAGGACGAAAUGUAUAGAAAAAAAAUAA